AUGGAAACCAGGAAGGAGAUGGUGAUGUUUCUGGAAGGGACACAACUUGGCGCUCUAGUUGGCAAGAGGGUGCCUAAUUUGUCCGAAGCAGUGGGGAGCCCCGCUCAAGAGCCACAGGAAAAGAUGAUCCAUCGGAACUGCCUCAGCCCCAGACCUGGCCCCUUGUCGUCUCGGGAGAGAGGAGGAGGAGGAGGAGGAGGUGGCGGAGGCGAAGAAGAAGAGGAGGUCGAGGUGCUGCCAGGGACAGGGACGGUGGUGGAGAGCCGCUCGGCGGCGGCAGCACUGCUCUCGGCCGGACAGCAGCCCCCCGCCCCGGAGCCCCCCUCCAGCAAAGGGCAGCAGAGCAGCUCGGACACCGAGUCGGAUUUCUAUGAGGAAAUCGAGGUGAGCUGCACCCCGGACUGCGCCACGGGGAGCGCCGAGUACCAGCACAGCAAAGUGUCCAGGCCCCGGAGAUCUGAACUGGCGGCUGCUCUAAAUCUGCCAGAAACCACCAUCAAGGUGUGGUUCCAGAACCGCAGGAUGAAGGACAAGCGGCAGCGCCUGGCCAUGACCUGGCCUCACCCAGCAGACCCGGCUUUUUAUACCUACAUGAUGAGCCACGCAGCAGCCACUGGCAACCUGCCCUACCCUUUCCCAUCCCACCUGCCCCUUCCUUACUACUCCCACAUGGGCAUCGGAGCCACCUCGGCCUCUGCUGCCGCUCCUUUCUGAAGCCCCCUGAGGCCGCUGGACACCUUUAGGGUCCUGUCCCACCCGUACCCGAGACCAGAACUGCUGUGCGCGUUCAGACACCCGUCCCUCUACCCUGCCCCGGCUCACGGACUCAGCGGCGCCGGAGGCAACCCCUGCUCCUGCCUGGCUUGCCAUAGCAGCCAGUCCAACGGGCUGGCACAGAGACCCUCCGGCUCAGACUUUACCUGCUCAGCCACAACCAGGACUGACUCCUUCCUCACUUUCACGCCCUCUGUGCUGAGCAAAGCCACCUCAGUUUCCAUGGACCAGCGAGAAGAAGUACCUUUAACAAGAUAA